UUCCUGUGUCUGAAGAACAUACGCACCUUCCUGAAAGUCUGCCACGACAAAUUUGGAUUAAGAAACAGCGAGUUGUUCGACCCCUUCGACCUCUUCGAUGUCCGAGACUUCGGAAAGGUCAUCUCUGCAGUGUCCCGGCUGUCCCUACACAGCAUCGCGCAGAACAAAGGCAUCAGGCCUUUUCCCUCGGAGGAGACCACAGAAAAUGACGAUGACGUCUAUCGCAGCCUGGAGGAGUUGGCCGACGAGCAUGACCUUGGCGAAGACAUCUAUGACUGCGUCCCCUGUGAGGAUGGAGGUGACGACAUUUACGAGGACAUCAUCAAGGUGGAAGUCCAGCAGCCCAUGAUUAGAUACCUACAGAAAAUGGGCAUGACUGUGGAUGACAAGAGGAACUGCUGCCUGCUGGAGAUCCAGGAGACUGAGGCCAAGUACUACCGGACCCUGGAAGACAUCGAGAAGAACUACAUGGGACCCCUGCGGCUGGUCCUGAGCCCGGCAGACAUGGCGGCCGUCUUCAUCAACCUGGAGGACCUGAUCAAGGUGCAUCACAGCUUCCUGCGAGCCAUUGACGUGUCCAUGAUGGUGGGAGGCAGCACGCUGGCCAAGGUCUUCCUCGAUUUCAAGGAAAGGCUCCUGAUCUACGGAGAGUAUUGCAGCCACAUGGAACACGCCCAGAACACACUGAACCAGCUCCUGGCCAGCCGAGAGGACUUCAGGCAGAAGGUGGAGGAGUGCACGCUGAAGGUCCAGGAUGGAAAGUUCAAGCUGCAGGACCUGCUGGUGGUGCCCAUGCAGAGGGUGCUCAAAUACCACCUCCUCCUCAAGGAACUCCUGAGCCAUUCUACAGACCGGCCUGAGAGGCAGCAGCUCAAAGAAGCACUGGAAGCCAUGCAGGACUUGGCAAUGUACAUCAACGAAGUCAAACGGGACAAGGAGACCUUAAAGAAAAUCAGCGAAUUUCAGAGUUCUAUAGAAAACUUGCAAGUGAAGCUGGAGGAAUUCGGACGGCCCAAGAUCGACGGUGAACUCAAAGUCCGGUCCAUCGUCAAUCACACCAAGCAGGACAGGUACUUGUUCCUGUUUGACAAGGUGGUCAUCGUCUGCAAGAGGAAAGGCUACAGCUACGAGCUGAAGGAGAUCAUUGAGCUGCUGUUCCACAAGAUGACGGACGACCCCAUGAACAACAAAGACAUCAAGAAGUCUCAUGGGAAAACGUGGUCCUACGGCUUCUACCUGAUUCACCUCCAAGGGAAGCAGGGCUUCCAGUUUUUCUGCAAGACGGAAGACAUGAAGAGGAAGUGGAUGGAGCAGUUUGAGAUGGCCAUGUCUAAUAUCAAGCCCGACAAGGCCAACGCCAACCACCACAGCUUCCAGAUGUACACCUUCGACAAGACUACCAACUGCAAGGCCUGCAAAAUGUUCCUCCGGGGCACCUUCUACCAGGGCUACCUGUGCACCAAGUGCGGCAUCGGGGCCCACAAGGAGUGCCUGGAGGUGAUGCCUCCCUGCAAGAUCAGUUCUCCUGCAGAUCCGGAUGCCUCUGGAGCCGGAGCGGGUCCCAAGAUGGUGGCUGUGCAGAAUUACCACGGCAACCCAGCUCCUCCCGGGAAGCCCGUGCUGACCUUCCAGACGGGGGAUGUGAUCGAGCUGCUGAGAGGCGACCCCGAGGCUCAGUGGUGGGAGGGUCGACUGGUGCAAACCAGGAAGUCGGGGUAUUUUCCCAGCUCAUCUGUGAAGCCCUGCCCUGUGGACGGAAGGCCGCCCGUCAGCCGGCCGCCAUCCCGGGACAUCGACUACACCGCGUACCCCUGGUUUGCUGGCAACAUGGAGAGACAGCAGACAGACAACCUGCUCAAGUCCCACGCCAGUGGGACCUACCUGAUUAGGGAGCGGCCGGCUGAGGCUGAGCGCUUUGCCAUUAGUAUCAAGUUCAACGACGAGGUGAAGCACAUCAAGGUGGUGGAGAAGGACAAUUGGAUCCACAUCACGGAGGCAAAGAAAUUCGACAGCCUGUUGGAGCUGGUGGAAUACUACCAGUGCCACUCGCUCAAGGAGAGCUUCAAGCAGCUGGACACCACGCUCAAGUACCCCUACAAGUCUCGGGAGCGCUCGGUCUCCAGGGCCUCUACCCGGUCCCCAGCUUCCUGUGCUUCCUGCAACUUUUCUUUCCUCAGCCCUCAGGGCCUCAGCUUUGCCUCCCCAGGCCCCUCUGCUCCCUUCUGGCCAGUGUUCACGCCACGCGUCAUCGGCACGGCGGUGGCCAGGUACAACUUUGCCGCCCGGGACAUGCGGGAGCUCUCGCUGCGGGAAGGCGACGUGGUGAGGAUUUUCAGCCGCAUCGGCGGGGACCAGGGCUGGUGGAAGGGCGAGACCAACGGACGGAUCGGCUGGUUUCCUUCAACGUACGUGGAAGAGGAAGGCGUCCAGUGACGGCGGGAACACGGCGGGACCUCAGACCUUCCCCGGAGAGUCGCUGCAGCUCUGAAGUCUGUCUCUGGCUCCUGCAUGCCUCAGAGGGGACGUGCUCACCAACCUUCCGGUCUUCCACAGCCUGCAGGGAUGGGGAGGGUGUUCAGGAUCCCGGACACGCAGCGU